AUGCUCCUGCACUCAAGCUCAAAUUGCCCUUAGUGCCCGGGUGCUAGCAAGUCGUGGCAGUCCAUAUAUACAUCCAAUAGAUAGCUGCACUCACGGUAGAUAAAAAUCAAAAUGUAUUGAAAGUAAGUUAAAACAUCAGCGAUCAACGUUUCAGUCCUUUAGGGACUUUCCUCAGGAUCAUCUAAAGGACUGAAACGUUGAUCGCUGAUGUUUUAACUUACUUUCAAUUAAUUUUGAUUUUUAUCUACCAUGAGUGCAGCUAUCUAUUGGAUGUAUAUAUAUAUAUAUAUAUAUAUAAAAAAAUAUCACCGCAUACGUAGUCCUCAAAAGUCCAGUCCCAAAAUAAUCAGCGUUUCGGCUUUAGCCUUCUUCAGUUUGUUCCAUGUUUUCUGUUUCAAUGUUAGGAGCUAGUUAGAUAUCACCAAGUAAAAAUGUUUGUGUCUAACGUGUAUAAGGUAUACACUGAUCCAUAAUAUGUACUAUUAUAAUAUUAUUAUUUUAAUUUCAGAUGCCACGUUCACAGUGCUCGGAAAAUUGCCCACCUGGAAAGAGAAAAGUCCCAGGAUCUUCAAUCCAUAGCUGUUGCUAUAACUGUGUCCAGUGUUCAGAGGGUGAAAUAUCCAAUAUAUCUGGUAUAAUAAAACACCAUUACUGUAAAUUAAAGCUAGCUAUGUAUGUGAGGUACCUGUAGUAAGGUAGAGUCUGAAGUAGAGCUUUGGCUGAGGGUUAAUGCAAAAGGCAUGGUCAGGCAAGCAGAGUCAGCAACAUACUGACAAACAGGAACAAAAUCAGGAUCCAGGAGUUUAGUGAAAGGCAGGCAGAGGUUAUACACAAUCUGGCAACAAAGUAUAGAAUUGUAAAGAAAAAGAGUAGUCAGAAAUAUGGCAAAAACAUAAUCAAAAAUACAGUAGCAAUCUGAGGAAAAUCACUCCCAAUACAGAGAGUACAGGAAGUGCUAGUAUGAAAGGGCUGAGAUAAUUGCAGAUGUACCACAGCUGGCAGGCAGGUGGAGCCAUGGAGUGCUAAGAGAAAAAAUAAGGUAUAGAGAGCACUGUGGGAAAUAUUAAGUCAUCUUUGUGACUGAAUAGUAGAACACCAGAAACCAACAGACCAAGGUUCAAAUCCACAAAGCCACUUCCAAAACAUAGGUGUCUGUCUAUCCAUCUCAUUUGCAGCAGGUCAUAACAACAAAAGGGUGCUCUACUAAGUAGGAAAGACACUUACCAUGAAGGGGUUGAAUAAUUAUGAGACUGGAAAAGUCAUUAUAAGUUGAAUUUGGGUAAACAACUUGAAUCAUUUGUUAUGUUGAGCUAUUUCAAUUGUUUUUAUUUGAUGUGUUCAUUGAGAGAUUCUGAAAGGUGGACACAAACAUCGACAAAAACAUUAGCACAAACUAUAUGCAUACAGUGACAAAAACUGUCGUCGGUUCCCGCACACCACAACCGAUCUGUUGAUAUUAUUACUUAUUGUAUAAAUUUACUUAUGUAUACCUACAUCUAGUUAGAUCACUUUAUGUUUUUUUUGCCCCGAACACAAAUAUAUAUAUAUAUAUAUAUAUAUAUAUAUAUAUAUAUAUAUAUAUAUAUAUAUAUAUAUAUAUAUAUAUAUAUAUAUAUAUAUCAUAUAAAUAAUAAUUAAAAAUAAUUAAACUGUAAAAAUAAUUUUAAAAAUAUAUAUAUAUAUAUAAAUAUGUCAUUUUAUUCUCACUGUAUUUUGAUAUAAAUAUAUAUAUAUAUAUCUAUGUAUAAUUUCCCCUUAAUGACCGAGGACGAACUAGGUACAUCCAACAAAAAAUGGUUGUUAAGGAUGUCCGCGACAAAUAGGAGCCCUGGACCGACGAUCCGCUGUGAUCACAGUCGUGCAGGACUGGCAGAGACCCCAACAGUCCCUCUACAGCAGCUGCGGCCACCCCGGCCCUCCAGGGCCAUGUCAUCACCAUGAUCACAUCACCGUAAUAGUACUCUAGAAGCUGCCAGCAGGGGGACUGUCUGAGCUGUCGGGUAGUCCCCCAGGCUGCUAAAAAAAUAAAUAAAAUAAAUAUAUUAUACAUAUACAGGUGGUCCAUUUUAGUGACCUACCUGUUUUACCACGUCUCGCACUUACGACCAGGCGUUAGUGCGAGCCGUCAAGGGGAUUCCCUGCUCUGGUGCACAUGUCUAUGUUUGGGAUAACUUCCCCGAACAUAGAUGAACGCACCAUAGCAGGGAAUCCCUCAAAUCUAUGUUUGGGGAAAAUUCCCCAAACAUAGGCGAACGCACGAGAGCAUUGAAUCUCUCAAAUCUAUGUUUGGGGAAAUUUCACCGAACAUAGAUUUGAGGGAUUCCCUGCUCUGGUGCGUUUGUCUAUGUUCGGGGAAGUUUCCCUGAACAUAGAUGAAUGCACUAGAGCAGGGAAUCCCUUAACUUCUCACUUAGCGACCGAUUCGUUCUGCGACCAGGUCAUAGGAAGGGAACCCGGUCGGUAUGUGAGGAGUGUCUGUAUUAUAUAUUUAUAAUAUAUUAUAAAAUAAUUAAAUCAAAUAUAUAUAUAUAUAUAUAUAUAUAUAUAUAUAUAUAUAUGAAAAUGUAUUCAUACUUACUGUAAUUUUCCUUUCCUGGUCAUAGGCCAUGGCAGCACAACAAUGGGUUAGCUCCUCCCUAUCCCUAAUUAGACAGGAACAAAUAAAUAGGGGUAUAAAUACCCCCUCCCACCACCACUCCCUCAGUCUUGUUAACAGCAAUAUCCCAGGGUGGGAUCUUUGUGCUGCCAUGGCCUAUGACCAGGAAAGGAAAAUUACGGUAAGUAUGAAUACAUUUUCAUCUUUCCUGGCCAUAUCCAUGGCAGCACAACAUUGGGUAAUACCCCAGCAAUAACCAAAGGAGGGAAUAAAGAAAAACUCAGACUCAGUAAUUCAGAGAUGCUAGUGUAUUAGCAAUUUAACAACACGUGAAAUUGUAGACAAAUCAACUAAGAUGAGUUGACUGCGGACAGAACAGUUUUGUCGAAGUGGUCGAAGUGGUCUAACUGGCUGGCUUUUACUCAAUCUGGUAAUGUUUUAUAAACGUGUUCGGAGAGGACCAAGUGGUUGCUUUGCAGAUGAGUUCUGGUGAUACGUUAGCCGCUGCUGCCCAAGAUGAGGAAAGGGACCUCGUAGAGUGAGCUUUGAGUCCUUCUGGAAUUUUCACAUUUGAUACCUUGUAAGCCUGUAUGAUUGUGGCUACUAUCCAUCUACUGAUGGCUAUUUUUGAUGCUUGAAGCCCUCUUCUGGGACUGUUGGGGAUGAUGAACAGUCUUUGAGAGUUACGCCAAGCAGAUGAUCUUUGCAGAUAAACAGACAGACCUCUCACCAGAUCGAAUUGAGAAGGAAUGAGUUCUGCUUCAUUUUCGUUAACUUCCGAAUGAAGAGCUGGGAGUAUUAUCUCCUCGUUGAUGUGAAAAGCUGAUACCACCUUAGGACGAAAUUCAGGAACAGUCCUCAAAAUUACUUUGUCCUUGUGGAACACUGUAAAAGGCUCUUUGGCCGAUAAGGCAUGGAGCACAGACACCGUUCUGCCUGAAGCUAAGGCCGCCAACAGAACUGUCUUUAUGGUGAGAAAGUGAGGAGAGAUGGAUUCUAGAGGUUCAAAAGAAGGACCGCUCAGAGCUUUUAAUACCAGUGGUAGAUCCCAUGGUGGAGCAAAAGGCUUGAUAGGAGGCUUUAUCUUUAAUACUGCUGCCAUGAAUCUGGUCACAUCCGUGUUUAAGGCCCAUCUUUGAUCUGUAAGGGCUGAGAGAGCCGAAAAAUGUACUUUUAGGGUAUUGUAACUUAACCCCUUGUCGAGCCUUAGUUGCAGAAAUUCCAGGAUAUCUUUAGUAGUGAUUGUCUGAAUGUUUAUUUGAUUAGACGUUUGCCCAGGAGGAAAAGACAUCCCAGAUUCUGUAGUAAGUGGAGGACGUAGAGCGUCUUCUUGUUUGUAGCAGGGUGUCUAUUACUGCAUAAGAAAAACCUUUACCUUUUAACCCUUCCCUUUCAACUUCCAUGCCAUCAGAUUGAGGGAGGCUGGGUCUGGGUGGAGAACAGGACCUUGAUGUAGAAGCGAAGGAAUCUUGGGAAGCUGCCAAGGGUCUGCAUUGCAAAGGCUCAAUAGAAGGGGAAACCAUGGUCUGCGAGGCUAAAAGGGAGCUAUGAGAAUGAUGGAUGCCGUCUCUUGUCUCAACCGUCUCAGAAGUGGAAAGAUGAGUGGAGUAGGAGGGAAUGCAUAACCUAGGUGGAAUUGCCAAUCGCUUGAUAGAGCAUCUCUUCCUAUUGCCAGAGGAUCAAUGUUCUUUGAGAAGAUGUUUUUUUUACUUUCCUGUUUUUGUUUGUUGCCAUUAGGUCUAUUUGAGGCAUUCCCCAUAUUCGUGUAAUUUUCUCUAAUAUUUUGUUUGACAGACUCCAUUCUCCUGGGUAUUUUCCACUCUGCUCAGGAAAUCUGCGAUGGAAUUCUGGAUUCCAGGAAGAUGUACUGCCGAUAUGCCUGCUAGAUGUUUUUGCAUAAAGGAGACUUCAUAAUUGACAUCAUCUUCUGACUCCUCGUUCCUCCUUGAUGAUUUAUGUAGGCAACUACCGUGGCGUUGUCUGUUCUGAUUUUGACCCACUUGAAGUGUAUAAGGGGGAGAAUUUGGUCUGAAUUGGUCUUGCAGGUGAGCUCCCCAUCCCCAUGGGCUCUUAUCCGUGGUUACAACAGUCCAUGUGAUGUUCCCCAAGAGGAAUCCUCCGAACAGGGACUUCUUUUGUAACCACCACAUCAGUGAUUGAUGGACCUGAGGAGGAAUCUUGAUAGGCUGUUGUUGAUUUCCUGUUCUGAACUGGAGGAUGAAGUUCUUCUGGAAUUUCCUUAUCCUCAAUUGGGCCCAUCUUGUUAGCACUAUGGUGGAGGACAUUGAGCCUAGAAGACUCAUGCAUUUCUCUGCUGAGGUUACAUUGAAUGCUAACAUGUCUUUGACUUUAUUAAUUUUGUACUUCUUUCUGGAGACAGUUGCACUGUGCCUUCUAGUGUGUUGAAUAUGGCUCCCAAAUAUUUCAUUUUCUGAUCUGGUUGUAAUUGACUCUUUUUCUUGUUUAUCUUCCAUCCAUGGAAACGUAGGAAAUGCAUACAGAUUUGCCCAUGAGUCUGAAUGGUAUCUUUGUCCUCUGCCAAAAUAAGGAUGUCGUCCAGGUAAUGGUAGAUGGCUAUGCCCUUUUUUCUGAGUUCUGCAGUUAAGACAACUAAGACUUUGGAGAAUGUUCUUGGAGCUGUGCUGAGACCUCAUGGCAGGGCCCAGAAUUGCCCUUUUUCCACCGCAAUGCGAAGGAACUUCUGAUGGUCUACUGCAAUAGGGAUGUGGAAAUAAGCGUCUGCCAAGUCUAUAUAAAUCAGCCAUUGGUAUGGAAAAACUGUCUUUAUGAUGGAUUGAAUUGACUCCAUUUUGAACGUUCGGAUGUGUAGGAACUGAUUUAACCUGCUCUAGGAUAGGUCUCCAUCCGCCUGAAGCCUUUCUGGUGAGGAACAGAUGUGAAUAAAAUCCUCGACCCUGUAGACUCCGAGGAACCUGAAUGAUGACCCUUUCUUCCUGGAGUGUAGAAACGAAUUCCUUCAAAGCUUGUCUUUUUCUACUUCUCCUGGCCAUUUGGUUGUUUGAAAAGAGUGAGCUGGAGGGGUUCUGGAGAACUCUAAAGGAUAUCUUCUUCUUAUGAUAUCCAACACCCAUCUGUCUGUGGUGGAUUGUUCCCAUGCCUAUUUGAAAAGUAACAGACGUGCCCCCACUCCUACUGACUGGGGAACUCGUCAUAAGGAUCUGGGAUGCUUGUGGAAUGAGGCGCCUCUUGAUUUUCCACCUCUUGUAGAUGACUGACAUCCUCUCCAUGGCUGGGAUCUUCCAUGCUCUCUUCCUGGCUUAUAAGAUCUUGAAUCUCGAAAGAAAGAGUAGUCUGGAUAUCUUUUGGACUUAAAGGAUCCUCUGGGCUUAUGAUCUUGUGGGGAGAAAAGCUAUUUUGCCUUCGGCUGCUCUCUUGAUACAUUCAUCCAUAUUUCUCCCAAACAACAUGUCUCUGUGGAAUGGUAAGGCACAUAAACUAGCUUUAGAAGAAGCAUCCGCUGCCCAGGAUCUUAACCAUAAAGCUCUUCUGGCUGAAACGGAGAGAGACAUAUUUCUGGCUAAGGCCUUAACCAGGUCAGAAGUAAAGUCUACUGCUAGCUUUAUGUCUGAGGCUUUCUAGAAGACUGGAUCUGCUUCUGCCUCUUUGAAUGUGUUCUUCUAGAUUUUCCAUCCAAAUUCUUAAAGCUCUGGAAACUGAGUUAAGGGCUACUGCUGGAUGGAGGCUUGUGCCUGCUGCCACAUAAGCCGUAGCGAGGUGUAAAUCCGUAUUUUUAUCCAUGGGAUCUCUGAAUGAUACUGCAUCGUCAACUGGUAGGGUACUGUACUUGGCCAGUCUCACUACAGCCACAUCUAUCUUAGGAGCAGAAUCCCAGCAGCUAGAGUCCUUCCUUCCGAAAGGAUAAAGGCGAGCAAUUCUGCUUUGAGCUGCUAACUUUCUGCGUGUGUUAGACCAUUCGUCUUCAAUCAGUACUUUAAUUGUCUCAUGAACUGGGAAGGUAGCUCUUUUCUUUUUUAGAUCUGCAAAAUAUCUGCUGGAAGUAGAUGGUUGUUCUGAGGAUACUUCCUUUAGGCUCAAGGACUUAUGCACUCUAGCUAUUAAGUGAUCUACUUGAACAGCUUCCAUAAAAUCUGGGGCAAAGGAUUCUUCUUCUGAAGAGGACAGCCCUUCUCUAUAGGAGUCCAUAUCCAUGGAUUCAUCCGAGGAUUCCUCCUGAGAAUAAUCAAAGGGUUCAGCAAAUCUGGGCCUUUUGUGAGAUUUUCCUGCUUCUUUUAUGCCCUGAGAAACAGCUUGUUCGAUGAACUGCCUUAUGUCCGGAGCAGGUGCAAUGGUAGAAGCUCCAGCAGCUGCUGACAGGCAUUCUGCACAUAAACGCUUCCCUUCUAGUGGUAUAUUGUUGCAGGCCUCGCAUCAUUUGCCUUUGGAAGUUCCAGAUGCUUGAAUUCCCAUAGAGCUAUCAUAAUAGGGAAUAUAAUUAGUCUAGGCACUCUUUUGUUUGUAAUUAUAUAUAGAGAGAGAAAAAAGUUGGCUUACCUAUAAAUAUUUGUUUGAUUUUGACGCCUUAAAAAGGGCGUGUGACGUCACCGAUGAUGUCCCUGGAUUUCUCAAGCUGACCGUAAUGCGCAUGCGCGGAACCUAUACUUCGCACAUGCGCGGAAGCCAGACAUGAUGCGCACACAUACGCGCAUGCGCAGAGCGGCCCAAGGACGCCAAUCAAGAUGGCAGCUCCCAGAACCCAGGGCCGUCAAACUUUUAACUUAAAAGCAGAAAAAAAAAAACAUGACCCCAAAAAACCUUACCUGACAACAGCCUGGAAGGCAUGAUGAAACACAUAUGGAGAGAUAGAGAAAAAAAAUGGUAAGACAAUUUUACUUACUACUGGGGAAGGUGGAGGGGACCGGACAGCCACAAAGCCAUAGACAUACCUUUGAUAUCUAUAUUGGAUACUGUAGAUGCCAGGUAAAAGAUAGGAAGAAUCUUUUGAAGAUGAGGUUCUUCUGCCACUUCCUGCUACCGCUUGGUCACUGCAGGGAAUUGUUCUUAUUGGCAAUUUUUUCUUGCUACCCCUAGGGUCACUGCAAGUGGCUGCCGGUCACUAAAGGAGCAUCUCCAGGGCCACGUACUGGAGACUUCCCAAGGAAGAGAGGAUGAACUCCCUUGGGGCCGAAGGUAAAAACCCUCAGGUAAGCCAAAAAGUAAAAAUGUUCUAGUCUAUAAAUGACUAGAGUCCUAUAGGAAUAGGACAGGAACAAAAAGACUGAGGGAGUGGUGGUGGGAGGGGGUAUUACCCAUUGUUGUGCUGCCAUGGAUAUGGCCAGGAAAUAAAUAAAUAUAUAUAUAUGUGUGUAUUAAGGCAAUUUUGCCUGGAUUUGUAGGAGGUGCUUGGUAUCCACUCCUAGUCUACUUAAGGCACACCCCUUACCUUGCAAGCGGUGUCCAGGAAUCCUGUUUCAGGCCUUUUCCAUCUGUCCAGCUUCUUCUGACCCCGGUCUUCAUCGUAGAUCGCGUCCCAGGGACUCCUAAACCGUAAGUUAGACCUACCUGUCACGCCAGGAUCGGUUCCCAAGGCGUACGGUACAUCACGGGUCCUCGCUUUACGUUUAUUUCCCUGUUAUGUCACAAAUUGAACAAGCCGUUCGCAGUUUUCAUUUCGUACGGUCAUUCGGCUAAUAAAUAUAUUCGUAGAAGUGGUCAUUUCGCAUAUAACUAUUCCGUGUUACAGUAAAACAAGUUAUCAUUUCGGUUGUGUUGCCAUCCGGCACUUUUUCAUGAUACGCUUAAACACGCUUGAUGUUCGCAUAAAAUUCAUACGUUUAAACUAUUCGUUCCAACUUCUGUUUUCCCUCACAUUGGGUUUCGGUUUUAUUGCUAUGUAUUACGCAUAAAUCCUUUCGUGGAUUACUUUCACCAUUUCAUGUAUAUACCAUUCGGGUAACAAAUUACUUGGUUAAAUAGACAGAUUAUUUCCAUUACUGUUUAAAGGUAUCAGUAUUGUAUUAUGUCCAUACAAACCAAGCUCACUUAUCUGUAUGGAUCAUUUUGACUCCCACGCUUUCAGGGGUCUGCCAUACUUAUUCAUUCAAAUGGACUCAGCCUACAUUACAGGCCUCAUUUCUGUGUUAUAAACUAAGCACAUACAUAAGGAUACAGUUUCCUUUUACAAGCAAGAAAUUCUCGGGUUGAAUCACGUACUGAUCCAACCAAUCAUACGUCUUUUCAUUACAGAUAUACCCUGCCCCCUUUUUUUUUGUUAUUCUAUUAUAUAUCAACAUAACGCUGUUUGGUAGUUCUUCAUACACUAAUUAAUUGUUUUGGUUGUAGUAUGUCUCAGGAAGGGGUAGAGCUAUCACUACACAAGGAGGAGAGGUAAAUAGUCCGGCAUCGAUCAGAUCCUGGACGAUCCCGCGUAUAACUACGGAAUUAAGGAGACAGCAAAUCCCCUACCCCGCUACAGCAAGGAAAGCAAACUGCUAUGUACCUCAACAAACAACAUGGAUCCCGGGGAAGGACCUAGCCAGUCCAACCCAGGAGACAUACAUUCCAUGUUAUCUUCACUCAUGGCGUCCAUGAGCAAGGUCAACUCCAGGCUAGAGAAACUUUAGUGGGUCACCGUGGCCCUUACUCUAGCAGGGCCACCCGCUGCUGCAUCACAAGCACCAGCUGACUUGCUAUUGGUUCCUCCAGCCAUCACCUCGGAUGACCAGGAAGUUAGCCCUGCUCAUAUGAUCCCUGAGCACAUAAAAAGAGAUAUCCUGGAAGGUAAAGAUGUCUAUCUAGCUUCCCUGCUGAUUGCCUCCCAGGAUAUUGUGGAAAAUAUAACUUAUGCUUAUGAUGAUGUGUCUGUUGUUGUCAGAUCUAGGGACUCCCGCCUAAACAGGAAACUGACUAUCCCUGAGUUUGUACUGGCCUUUGGUAUUUACCGGGAUGUCAUCUGUGCGGUCUAUCCCAAUAGAAGAGAGGAGUUUGAUCUUUAUAUGCACAAGCUGGUAGAUCUGGGCAACAAAUAUGGGGGUUCAGCCUUUUAUGACUACCAUAGGUCUUUUUCUGCAAAAGUGUCUGGAGCGUUCUCCCAGUAUGGAACAAGAUCCAACUGGGGAAGGAUUGAUACCGUCAUAUCAGACACUUUGCAGGUCUAACAACACCGGCUUGUGCAUACAGCUCCUCUACAGCCCAUACAACAAAUUUCUGACGAACAUUCCUCCACGCAAGGAGCUAGUUCCUCUGGUGUUCCAGAGAAAUUGACACGAGACAAACUGGGAUGUCCAAUCAAGUUUCUGGGCAAGUCCCAGAUAUGUAACAAUUUCAAUGUUGGGUCUUGUAAUUAUAGCGGUUGCAGAUUAUUGCAUAUCUGUUUAAAAUGUUCUAGGGCACAUGCAAAAACCAUGUGUCCAAAUAAAAUGUAUUCUAAGCCUUACCUCACGUCGAUUAAUAUGCCGGUAUUUACUGCAUUUAUGUCACAUCACCCGUCUAAACACUUGGUGGACUUUCUUAUCUCUGGGGUAUUCACAUCCACAUGGGUAUUCUACACGUACCAUCCGGGACUCUGGAAUGCCCUAAUCUACAAUCCGCACAACAUAAUCCCCCAGCUGGUGACACUCUCACAGCCCAAGAAGUUGCUGAGGGUUUCGUAUUGGGGCCUUUCAAAGCUCCUCCAUUCAAAGAAUGGCGUACUAACCCCAUUGGUAUUGUCACAGGGAAAUCUUCCCUUAAACAGAGACUCAUUAUUGACUUGUCAGCACCACACAUCGGCCAACCCCAGUCUUAAUUCCCUCAUACACUCCGAGGAAUUCUCCCUGCAAUACACCACCAUAGAUCACGCAAUUACAGCGAUCAUAGAAGCAGGGGUCGGAGCCUGGCUUAGUAAGACCGAUAUUACUAAUGCCUUUAAAUUGCUACCAAUCCACCCACACUGUGGCACCUGCAUGGAAUCAAGUGGGCCGGGCACUACUAUUUUUUAUCUCUUGUUUAACUUUUGGGUCCAAAAGUAGCCCAGCUAUUUUCGACACAUUUGCCGAAGCAUUGUGCUGGUUACUAUUAAACAUAGCCAAAUGCCCUACGGUAUUACAUUACCUGAACGACUUCUUACUGGUCGAGGAAAAUACUUCCCCUCCUAGUAGCCUCAAAGCUACCACCAAGCUAUUCAAGCAACUAGGUGUACCAAUCUCCUCUAAGAAAACGGAGGGGCCAGACACGAUUAUCACUUUUUUGGGUAUUCAAUUAGACUCAACCACAAUGCAAGCAAGCCUACCACACGACAAGAUAGAGAACAUUCUUACCUACAUCAACCGCUACCUUCAACUCGGUACUUGCAACCUCAAAGAGCUACAGUCCCUGCUGGGGUCACUAAAUUUUGCCAUGUGUAUCAUACCUCAAGGGCGCUCCUUCAUAUCACGACUCUUGUAUUUUCUUCCACGCUUCCUGCACGAUACACACAGGUUGUCCUUAGAUAACCAAGCUACGGCAGACUUAUGCAUGUGGAAGGAAUUUUUAACCACUUGGAAUGGUAAAAGUAUGUUCCUCCCUCAAUUGACUGACUCAUCACCUACUAUUUGGUCAGAUGCAGCAUCUACCACAGGUUUUGCAGCAAUUUUUGUGAACGAAUGGCUUUGGGGCAGCUGGCCUACAGCAGUUCAGGAUUUGCUAGAUUUUUCCACUACCUCAGCUCUCUUUGAGAUCUAUCCCAUCGUGGCGGCUGCCGUAGCAUUUAUGGGCAAAUAUGCCAGUUCGUUGUUACUCAGACAAUCAGGAAACCUGUCACAUCAUCUGAGGAACCUCAUGUGGUUGGCAGCCUGUCAUAAUUUUUUUCUAUAUUGUUUCCAUGUUCCAGGAAUAUGUAACACAGCUGCUGACAUUUUGUCUCAUUUUAAAUUUCAGGCAUUUCAUCAAGCACUACCAUCAGCUGCACUCACAGCCACCACCACUCCAACAUUUCAACAACUAAUACUGGACUAGACAUCAUCAUGCAUCAUAGCAGGACACUGUCCCAAUUGGCACUGUCAAAAAAUACACACAAAACAUAUGACAGGGCUUUCACACUAUUCAAAAGAUUCCUUUUGGAACAUAACAUCAUGCAACCAUUUGUUAUGACAUCUUUUUGGGGUUUUGCUUCUUUUUACCACCUUAAACUUAAAAUGUCAUAUAACACCAUCAAACUUUAUCUCACAGGCAUUCAACACCAUAUGCUAAUCUUACAACCUAACAACACUAGUUUCAUGGCCUCUCACCAGAUUAAGAACAUACUCAGAGGCAUUCAGAAAUCUGAACCCACACGUACAUCACAGAGGCUACCCAUAGAUAACCAUAUCUUCAAGGCAUUAUCUAACCUGCUUGAUUUUUAAAUCUUUUGACAACAAUACAAAUUCUGUCAUCAAAACAGCAAUAUACAUAGCUUUCUAUGGAAUCCUAAGACCUAGAGAGUUACUACAACCAACAUAACACAAUCUGCUCCUAUUCUCCUCUAUUCCCACUUAACAAAACAAAUGGAUCAUUACACCCUGACGCUACCUCACUCCAAAACCAGCCAGCACAUACUAGUAAACAUUCUAUACUUACAUUGGUAUCCACUCCUAGCCUACUUAAGGCACACCCCUUACCUUGCUCCUGACCAUUCGAGGUCAGCAUUGAAUGACCCCCCCACCACACCACAUUUUAACAUUAUUUCCUUUCCAUUUAUUUUCCUGGGUAAGCCCUCUUCUUUCUCAGGCCUACCUCAUCGUCGGUUCCGGCACACCACAACCGACUUGCCCUUUUUACUAUCCUAGAUUUCAUUAUGGUAUUUUACUCUGUACUAUCAUGAGCACCUAACACACAUAUAUAUAUAUAUAUAUAUAUAAAACAAGAGGGGGUUGGCUGCACUCACCUUAACAUGCAUAAAUGGGGGUGCUGCUGGGGGCCAAAUAAUACAAUACACAAGAUCCAGCGCACUCACCUAUCCACUAAACAGCAACUUCAAUGUUGAAAGAUUUUAUUUGUUUUUUUAAAAACACCUAAUCUAGGCAAAAAUAAUGGGGAUUUAGUUACAUUAUAUGAUCAUACAUUGCAUAAGCCUGCCACCCCUCCCUGUCACAGGUGCCUCAUCCGAGGGCCCUAUUUAGUACUGCAGAGAGCCCCAGAUGGAAUUUCUUUCCCCAAGUAGGUUAAUCUCAUAAGAGCAGACAUUAGGCUGUUAGUGUAGGACCUGCCAAAGAUGGGGUACAUUGACGUUGUGGCAGGCUUAUGCAAUGUAUGAUCAUAUAAUAUAACUAAACCCCCAUUAUUUUUGCCUAGAUUAGGUGUUUUUAAAAAAACAAAUAAAAUCUUUCAACAUUGAAGUUGCUGUUUAGUGGAUAGGUGAGUGCGCUGGAUCUUGUGUAAUAUAUAUAUAUAUAUAUAUAUAUAUAUAUAUAUAUAUAUAUAUAUAUAUAUAUAUAUAUAUAUAUAUAUAUAUAUAUAUAUAAAGAAAAAAAGCACUGUACCUUGCACUCAAACUCCAUGUAUCCAAACCGGGUGCACUCCCAGGGCUCCAAAUAUCCAAAUAGCUGAAUCAAAGGUUGCACUCACGGAUUCUUAAAACAUAGCUUUUAUUGUGUACUCCUAAAAAAAAAUCGACGUUUCAGUCCUAUUCAAGGACUUUCAUCAUGAUCCUGAUGAUAGUCCUUGAAUAGGACUGAAACGUCGAUUUUUUUAGGAGUACACAAUAAAAGCUAUGUUUUAAGAAUCCGUGAGUGCAACCUUUGAUUCAGCUAUUUAUAUAUUUGUGGUCGUGGCAAUAUAGCCGUAUAUGGAAACAUAGCAUAUAAUAACAUGAAUAUCAAUUAGUUGGAAUUAGUCGGUUGUGGUGUGCCGAAACCGACAGAGGAGUAGGCCUGUAAAAAGUGGGCCCACCUUAGAGGGUGUUUGUAAUAGAGGGAGUGGUGGGUGGGGUGACUCGCCAGACCAUUAACGGUAAUGUGAGAGUGGAUUGGUAGCCCUUUUAUAGGGAAACCAAGCCCCUCCCACAACUACAGGCCAAGCCUUUUAAUAUAUAUAAAAACAUGCACAUGUAUUAUAUUUCUAAAAAAGCGAAAAAAUCUUGCACUUCACCAAAAACAAAUUACUGUAGUGCCCAGUGCUUUUCAGCCAAGAAUACAAAAAUUGCAAAGAAUAGCACUCCAAAGACUUAUAUAACAUUGAACUUCUAUUUACCUUCAAUAAAAAACGUUCAACGUUACUGCUUGAUUCCCUCAAGCUUUCAUUCAUCCCUCAUAGCUUGAGGGAAUUAAACUGAAACGUUGACCGUUUUUUAUUAAAGGAAAAUAAAAGUUACAUUUUAUAUAAAUUGCACUGUGAAUGUUUACAUGUUGUGUUCAAUAAAAACAUGGCAACAUUUCAUUCUUUGUGUGUUAUUAGUUUAAGCAGACUGUGGUUGUCUAUUGUUGUGGUUUAGAUGAUGAUCAGAUCACAUUUUAUGACCAAUUUGUGCAGAACUAUAUCUAACUAUAGGCAGAUAGCACUCCAAGGACUUGGUAAGAUAAAAAAAAAAAAUAACUUAGCUUUUAUUCAGCAGUAUGCCAUAGUGCAAGUUCCAUAACCAGUGGAUAUAUAACAAACAUAAUCUUAGAAAAACAUUGUACACAUGUGUAACUUACCCUUUAACCCCAGUGAUUGCCGUAGCUGAUCGCUAAUUUCGGCGGAUAGAAUUGACCCAGUAAUGGAUAGUAUUGCAGCUGUCCAAAGUGAUGCUGCAGUCUGAGUGUGUUCCAGCGAUUCACUUAGAGAUAGCUGGAAUGCAAGGGGGCGUGUAUGUAUAUGGGUUGUCAUAGUAACCCGGUACAGGACAUUAGUCCGCGAUCGUUCACGGAUGCAAAGGGUUUGAAACAUAUUGGAAGAGGGUGGCAUUCAAAGCAAUCCUAACAAUAUGAGAAUAGAACCUAUAGACAAGCAGAGACAGAAGCAAAUAUAUGCUGGAUAUUAUAUUCAUAUACGUCUGUGUGAGCUUGGUCUUGGACACACUGAUCCAGAGAAAGUAUAUAAACAGACAUAGAAAAGGCUGGUCUGAGAAUAUAGUCAACAAACCCUCGAAGGAUGUGUCUAAGUCAAUCAAACUAGUUGCACUCUGGAGCUGUAAGCAUGGAUUGGUGUGAGAAAGAAAUAUUAAGAAAUGAUAGGAGGAGCUCUUGAACCAUUAGCCAAAUGGUUAGAUUUCCUGUUCGGCGAUGGGACUUAGUCGUUUUUUCAGCCUGAAAUAGACCGACCUCACAGCCCAAAUCUAUGGAACUGUUUUGGGCAGGAAAAUGUGCUUGCGGUCGGUCAUAAAGGGACCUCCAGCUAACUUUUUAAUCCCUGGAUUAUUUGGCUGAUUUUUGGUUAUGUUUAUGUUUUAAGUGUGCUGAUUCCAAAUAUGUAAUUAUGAAGAUGGGAUGUGUUCCGCGUCUCCUAUCAGUGGACGUGUAUAUGGCAGCCAUUUUAGGAACCGUACACCUGGGACCCGAGCAAGGUCACCUCGUUCAACAGGCUUGCAGCGUAUCCUCCAGGAAGAAGAGCCUGAACCCUUACCGGCUGCACGUGUCUUACCUGUACAUGGAAAGCUGCUCUGGUUCCUUGAUGAGCCAGCUGCCCGUGAGUUAACAUGUCCCGUGGAGAAGCACUCUGUCCUGUAAAGCCUCACCAAAAAAAAGGAGUGGUGUGUUUAGUAUUGUUCUGAUCAGUUUAAUACCUUCCGCGUCUCCUAUCAGUGGACGUGUAUAUGGCAGCCAUUUUGUCAGAUUCAAGUUCUUGUGCCCCACAGUUCAAAAUAACAUUCAAAUGACAAUUCAUGACAGAUCACACAAGUGAAUAGCCCUGCCAAUGUCUUCUCAGAAUUUUUUCGUUUUCUAUGAAGAAAUAGAGAUGCAAGAGCACUUGGCAGUUAUGGAUUGACAGCUGUCCUAGGGAUCCCUGAUACACACUGACACAGAUCAGAAUAGGGACUGUUCCUCCUACAUCGGGUCACUUGGCAGAUAUGGAUUGACACCUGUCCUCAGAGACUAUGAUACACAUUUACACAGAGCAGAAUAGAGACUGUUCCCCCUACAUAGGGUCACUUGGCAGAUAUGGAUUGACACCUGUCCUAAGGAUCCCUGAUACACACUGAUACACACAUACUUGGAUGGUAUAGACAUUUUUAGCUGCUCCUGGCCCGAACACCUGACCCACAUAGGAGCCGUAAUAGACCGGAUUAGGGAGUCCGGACUGACCCUAAAACCCAGUAAGUGCCAUAUAGGAACGUGUAAAAACCUCCCCAAGAUAGUAGUAUGGGCCCCAGAGUGUGAACAGGCCUUCCAACAGCUCAAGACGGCGCUCAUUAAAUCACCUGUACUUUCUUCUCCUGAUCCAACUAAACACUUUCUCGUCCAUACAGACGCUUCUAUACUUGGAUUGGGAGCAGUACUGAGCCAAGUCGGAGCAGAUGGUGGCGAGCAACCCGGGGCUUAUCUAAGCUGUAAACUUUUGCACAGCGAAGUAUAUUCACUGCCAUUGAAAAGGAGUGCAUGGCGGUGGUGUGGGCCCUCAAAAAGCUGCAACCUACUUGUAUGGACAACCGUUUACCUUACUCACAGAUCACAACAAAUUUGGGGCACUGCGCGUGCAAUCUAAUGUGCCACCAGUGGUGUGUUUAGUACUAUUGUUAUCAGUUUAAUCACUGUUACAUCCCUUAUCCGUUGGUGGCGGAUAAGUCACGCAAGUCAACCGGCAUUCAGAGCUAAAAUACAGCAGCGUGUGGACCAUUUUUAGCCCAAGGCAGCUCAUCUCAUCAGGCCUUUUUUAAUCUAAUGUAUCGCCUAGUGUCAGUCCCUUCGGGAUCCAUCCCUCAUUCAUCUUAAUAAAGGUGAGGUAAUCUAGACUUUUUUGACCUAGGCGACUUCUCUUCUCAGUCACAAUACCUCCUGCUGCACUGAAGGUCCUUUCUGACAGGACACUUGAAGCGGGGCAGGCCAGAAGUUCUAUCGCAAAUUGGGAUAGCUCAGGCCACAGGUCAAGCCUGCACACCCAGUAGUCAAGGGUUUCAUCGCUCCUCAGAGUGUCGAUAUCUGCAGUUAAGGCGAGGUAGUCUGCUACCUGUCGGUCGAGUCGCUCUCUGAGGGUGGAUCCCGAAGGGCUGUGGCGAUGCGUAGGACUUAAAAAGGUCCGCAUGUCCUCCAUCAACAACACGUCUCUAAAGCGUCCUGUCCUUGCCGGCGUGGUCAUGGGAGGAGGAGGAUGACUUCCACCUCUCCCCCUGUUAGAUUCCCGUUGUGCUGUGACAUCACCCUUAUACGCUGUGUAAAGCAUACUUUUCAAUUUAUUUUGCAAAUGCUGCAUCCUUUCAUACUUGUUGUAAUUCGGUAACAUUUCCGCCACUUUCUGCUUAUACCGGGGGUCUAGUAGCGUGGACACCCAGUACAGGUCGUUCUCCUUCAGCCUUUUUAUACGAGGGUCCCUCAACAGGCACGACAGCAUGAAAGACCCCAUUUGCACAAGGUUGGAUGCCGAGCUACUCAUUUCCCGUUCCUCCUCCUCACUGAUGUCAAUGAAGGUAUUUUCUUCCCCCCAGCCACGUACAACACCACGGGUACCAGAUAGGUGACAACGAGCACCCUGGGAUGCCUGUUGUGGUUGGUCUUGCUCCUCCUCUUCCUCCUCCUCAAAGCCACAUUCCUCCUCUGACUCCUCUUCCUCACAAUCCUCUUCCAGAGUUGCCGCAGGUCCAGCAAGCGAUGCUGAUAAGGCUGUUUCUGGAGGUGAUGGUGACCACAACUCUUCCUCUUCCUCUUCACGCUCAUCUAUGGCCUGAUCCAGCACUCUUCGCAGGGCACGCUCCAGGAAGAAAACAAAUGGUAUGAUGUCGCUGAUGGUGCCUUCGGUGCGACUGACUAAAUUUGUCACCUCCUCAAAAGGACGCAUGAGCCUACAGGCAUUGCGCAUGAGCGUCCAGUAACGUGGCAAAAAAAUUCCCAGCUCCCCAGAGGCUGUCCUAGCACCCCGGUCAUACAAAUAUUCAUUAACGGCUUUUUCUUGUUGGAGCAGGCGGUCAACAUUAGAGUGUUGAAUUCCAACGUGUCGGGCUGUCGCAAAUCAAGCGCCUCACUGGCAUGUUGUUUCGCCGCUGGAUAUCGGCAAAGUGAGCCAUGGCCGUGUAGGAACGCCUGAAAUGGCCACACACCUUCCUGGCCUGCUUCAGGACGUCCUGUAAGCCUAUGUACUUAUGCACAAAGCGUUGUACGAUCAGAUUACACACAUGUGACAACUUGCCCAACUUCAAUGCCGCUAACAAAUUUGUUCCGUUGUCACAAACCACUUUGCCGAUAUCCAGUCGCUGCGGAGUCAGCCACUUUUCCACCUGUGCGUUCAGGGCGGACAGGAGUGCUUGUCCGGUGUGACUCUCUGCUUUCAAGCAAGUCAAACCUAAGACGGCGUGACACUGCCGUAUCCGGGAUGUGGAAUAGUACCUGGGGAGCUGGGGUGGUGCCGUUGAUGUGGAGCAAGACGCAGCAGCAGAAGAGGACUCAGCCGAGGAGGUUAUGGAAGAGGAUGGAGUAGGAGGAGUAGAGGAGGUGGUAGCAGGACUGCCUGCAAGUCGUGGCGGUGUCACCAACUCCUCUGCAGAGCCAUGCAUUCCAUGCUUGGCAGCAGUCAGCAGGUUUACCCAAUGCGCAGUGUAGGUGAUAUACCUGCCCUGACCAUGCUUUGCAGACCAGGUAUCAGUGGUCAGAUGGACCCUUGCCCCAACACUUCCUUUUGCACAAUUGAGUACAGGUUGGGGAUUGCCUUUUGCGAAAAGUAAUUUCGGCCGGGUACCUUCCACUGCGGUGUCCCAAUAGCUACAAAUUUUUUGAACGCCUCAGACUCCACCAGCUUGUAUGGUAAAAGCUGGCGGGCUAAUAGUUUGGACAAGCCAGCAGUCAGACGCUGGGCAAGGGGGUGACUUUCUGACAUUGUCUUCUUACGCUCAAACAUGUCCUUGACAGACACAUGACUGUGGGAAGAUGAGCAUGAACUGCUCAAGGCGGGAGGCGGAGUGGCGGAUGGUUGAGAGGGGACAAGGAGGACAGCAGUGGUUGACGUGGCUGAAGAUGCUGGACCAGGAGGAGGCUGGCGCUUAGAGUAGGCGAGCUGCUUGUACUCAUGUGUUGAUCCCAUAGGCGUUUGUGAUGUGAGAUCAUGUGCCUACGCAAAGCAGUUGUACCUAGGUGGGUGUUGGACUUCCCACGACUCAGUUUCUUUUGGCACAGGUUGCAAAUGGCAUCGCUGUUGUAAGAGGCAGACACACAAAAAACAUGCCACACUGCUGAGCUCUGCAAUGACGGCAUUCUGGUGGUGGACACAGCAUGCGUUGAUUGGCGUGCUGUCGGGCUGACCCAGGGUGCCGAUGCAUGCUGUCUGACUGUGCCACUAGCUCCUUGCGACGACCUCCCCAUGCUUCCAACUCGUCUCCUCCUCCUCCUCCUCCCUGUCUCCACAUCUGAACUUUCGCCCUGUUCUUCUUCUUGCCGAGCGGGCACCCACGUGACAUCCAUGGACGCAUCGUCAUCAUCAACCGCUUCACUUGUAUCUGACAACUCAGCAAAGGAAGCAGCAGCGGGUACAACAUCAUCAUCAUCAUCACACCGUACGUCCAUGUGUGUAAUGCUGCCUGCCUGACACAUAUCCCUGUUAUCUACAUCCUCUGGCAAUAAUGGUUGCGCAUCACUCAUUUCUUCCAACUGAUGUGUAAAUAACUCCUCUGACAUACCAAGUGAAGCUGCUGUGGUGCUAGUGUUGGUGGUGGCGGCAGGCGGGCAAGUGGUAACUUGAGAGGUGCCUGAAGCUAAGCUGGAGGAGGAUGGUGCUUCAAGGUUCUGAGCGGAGGCUGUAGAAGAUUGGGUGUCCUGUGUUAGCCAGUCAACUAUGUCCUCAGAACUUUUCAAGUUCAGGGUACGUGGCCUCUGAAAACUGGGCAUUAUUCUAGGGCCAAAGGAAUCACAGCACCACGACCACGAUGGCCCCUGCGGGGUGGCCUGCCUCUGCCUGUCAUUUUUGUUGGGAUUAGUGGUACUAUGCGUGCAAGCUACUGUGAGACCAGAUAUGAGUGGUAAUGUGCACUGGCACAGUUGUGCAGAGCACAGGCUGUAGGCCUGACACCCGCUUGAAGAUAACUAACUGCUAUUCAAUCUAUAACAGUGAAAAAAAAGUUUUUUGUUUUUUUAAAUCCAAGCUAUUGUGACACCAGAUCUAAUUAGUGGCACUGGUCAGCGUAUCCACUGUUAGCGUAACACACCCGCUUUAAGGACACUGACUGCUAUUCAAUCUAUAACAGUGAAAAAAGUGUUUUGUUUUUUUAAAUCCAAGCUAUUGUGACACCAGAACUAAGUGGUGGCACUGGUCACCGUAUCCACUGUUAGCGUAACACACCUGCUUGAAGAUAACUAACUGCUAUUCAAUCUAUAACAGUGAAAAAAGUGUUUUUUUUUUAAUCCAAGCUAUUGUGACACCAGAUCUAAGUGGUGGCACUGGUCACCGUAUCUACUGUUAGCGUAACACACCUGCUUGAAGAUAAGUAACUGCUAUUCAAUCUAUAACAACAGUGAAAAAAGUUUUUUGUUUUUAAAUCCAAGCUAUUGUGACACCAGAUAUAAGUGUUGGCACUGACUGGGGAAAUGGGCACAGUAUGCACUGUGAGCCUGACACAGAAGCUGGCAGCAGUGGCAGACAACUGACUGCUAUUCAUUCUAUAACAGUGAAAAAAGUUUUUUGUUUUUAAAUCCAAGCUAUUGUGACACCAGAUGUAAGUGGUGGCAUUGACUGGGGAAAUGGGCACAGUAUGCACUGUGAGCCUGACACAGAAGCUGGCAGCAGUGGCAGACAACUGACUGCUAUUCAAUCUAUAACAGUGAAAAAAGUUUUUUGUUUUUAAAUCCAAGCUAUUGUGACACCAGAUGUAAGUGGUGGCACUGACUGGGGAAAUGGGCACAGUAUGCACUGUGAGCCUGACACAGAAGCUGGCAGCAGUGGCAGACAACUAAGUGCAAUUACAUUACAUAGAAAAAAAAAUUAAAAAAAAAGCAUACCCUAACCCUAACCUAGCUAUGCUUUUCCCUAUCUAAUGAACAGCAGCUACACUUUCCCUCCUCUUACUAAAGCAUGCAGCUUGAGAAUGAAUCUAAAAUGGAUGCCUUCCAGGAGGUGGGAGGGUCUGCUAGGGAGGGUGUGCUGCUAAUUGGCUAGAAUGUGUCUGCUGACUGUGAGGUACAGGGUCAAAGUUUACUCAAUGAUGACGUAUAGGGGGCGGGUCGAACCGCGCAUAUGUUCGCCCGCCGUGGCGAACGCAAACAUGCUAUGUUCGCCAGGAACCGUUCGCCAGCGAACCGUUCGGUACAUCACUAAUGCUUGACAACUUUCUCCUGAUAUCACUAUUGAGACUAUCAAUAGCUGUUCAACAAGCAUGAGUCGUUCAUUAUAUACAUAUGCUGACACAUAUUUUCUCUGGAUCAGUGUGUCCAAGACCAAGCUCACACAGACAUAUAUGAAUAUAAUAUCCAGCAUAUAUUUGCUUCUGUCUCUGCUUGUCUAUAGGUUCUAUUCUCAUAUUGUUAGGAUUGCUUUGGAUGCCACCCUCUUCCAAUAUGUUUCAAACCCUUUGCACCCGUGCACGAUCGCGGACUAAUGUCCUGUGUACCGGGUUACUAUGACAAACCAUAUACAUGCACGCCCCCUUGCAUUCCAGCUAUCUCUAAGUGAAUCGCUAGAACGCACUCAGACUGCAGCAUCACUUUGGACAGCUGCAAUACUAUCCAGUACUAGGUCAAUUCUACCCGCCGAAAUUAGCUAUCAGCAACGGCAAUCACUGGGGACAAAGGGUAAGUUACACAUGUGUACAAUGUUUUUCUAAGAUUAUAUUUGUUAUAUAUUCACUGGUUAUGGAACCUGCACCUUAUCCUGACGAAAGUUCGGACUGGGAACUGAAAUGUUGUUUCACUAGGGCAUACUGCUGAAUAAAAGCUAAGUUAUUUUUUUCAUGUUACCAACAAGUCCUUGGAGUGCUAUCUGUCUAUAGUUUGUUGUAAUUUUGCUGACAAGCACCGGGCUAAUUUUAUUUCUUAUACUGGAGUGCAGGCAUUGGAUAUAUAUAUAUAUGCAUAUAUAUAUAUAUAUAUAUAUAUAUAUAUAUAUAUGUGACGAGACCAAUCUCGCCACAUUGCAUUGGAGAAGCCUGGUUGCUCGCCUGCUGCCUUUGGACUAUGGCCCCCUGUUAAAAGACAUCUUUUUUACCUGCAGAAAAGCUUCAUUUGUGCUUUUCUGCCUGGGGUUCGGUAGAUUUGUUUGAAUGUGUUAUACCCCAGAUAGGAAUCCCAUUAAACUGUAUUCGUGUGGUCUGAGCGCCAUUCACUUAAUAAUGUGCGCUCAGACCUGAGCUAUCUGGGGAUAUGUUAAAUGUAUAGUUUUAAUGUAAGGUGUCUUACCUGAUGUAUUUUAAAGUGUUUUACUGUCUUUGUGUCCCCAUGUGCUCAAUGGAGUCUGCCUCUAUCCCUGGAUAAUUGGAUUACUUUCCCCAUUGUCCAGGAUAGAGGGCUCUGUAAAACCUGUUUGAGCCAGAUAGCCAUGCUGCCAGCCAGGGUACAAAAGAUACUUUUUACUAACUUUUGAACCCCUGGUCUGAUUCAUGCCAUUUUUUAAUAUGUUGUUCCCCUGAAUGGAUUGAUUUUGAAUAUGUAAUUUUAUGUGAAUGUGAUGUAUGGUUUUAGAGUUAUAAAAGUUGGGUAGAAAGUAUGUUUUAACUGUAUGUGUAAUUGAGUUUCCUCUCAGGAUAAGGGGAGGGAAUAUGUGGGAUGUAACUGUGAUGUGAUUGGUUGUUUUAUAUCUCCCUGUGGGCGGUCCUGUAUUUGAAAACACUGUAAUAAAAACCAGGCUGGGUGUGCCAGCACCUUAGACCACUGCUUGACCCUCAACACAGAGCCUUGUCUCGUUCUUGGGAGGAUUCACUGUAUGCUGUUAGAGACUGAUUGCCAGGAGUGUAAGCUGAUUGUCUGCUUUUCCUGUUCGUCUGCUAGCAGCUAUUUGGGAGGUUCCAGUUCGGGAGUUGGAAUGCUAUUUUGUAUCCAGUUCGGGAGUUUGGUGUUCUGCAGUAGCUGUGCCUGUAUCUCUGGAAAGGGGGCCGAUCGCCUAAACGAUUUUAACCCCCUGUGUGCAAAACGGUCCGUUACAAUAUAUAUAUAUAUAUAUAUACAUAAAUGUAUACAAAAACAAAUAAAACCGCUACAUUGGGCCAGCGUUUGUGAUUAAGUGGCUACUACAAAAGACUGGAAAUACCACAUUUUGAAUACCCUGGGUUGUCUACAUUUGAAAAUGGUAUGCCACGAUGGGGUUAUUUCACAUUCCUGUGCUACUAUAUGGUCUCAAAAGGUAACACAGGCCCAGCAAACCAAUCUGGCAAACUGAAUCUGGCAAGCCCUAUAUUGACCCUGUAACUUUCCAAAACACCAUAAAACCUGUAGAUUGAGGUAUUGUUAUAAUCAGAAGACUUCAUUGAACAGAAAUAUGAGUGUUCUAAAAUCAGUAAAACGUAUUCCAACUAUGAAAUCACCAGGAAAAGUGCAGUUUUUGUGUAAAAAUAAAAAAGGCAAAAAACAAAGAAAACCGCUAACUUUGGCCAGCGUUUGUGACUAAGCGGCUAUUUCAAAAGUCUGGACAUACCCCAUUUUGAAUACCCUUGUCUACUUUUACAAAUGGUAUGCCAUGAUGGGGUUACUUUUCAUUCCUGGACUGCUAUAUGGUCUCAAAGGCAACAUAGGCCCAGCAAACCAAUCUGGCAAAUUUCAAUGUGCAAACAUGGAAAAGGGGAAAGCGCUACAUUUGACCUCUGUAAGUUUGAUAAAGCCCAUAAAACCUGUAAAUUGCAGGCACUGUUCUACUCGGGAGAUGUUGCUGAACACAUAUUUGGAGGUUUCUUUGUCAGUAACACAUAACAGGAACUGAGAAUCCAUUUCAAAAUACAAUGUGAGAGAAAAAUAACAUUAAAAAAAUAAUUACUACCCAAAAGUUUGACAAAGACUGGUGGUAGAAUUAGUGCAUGGAAAGUGUUAAAAUACCACUAUUUAAAAUAUACCCUAGGGUGUCUACUUUUCAGAAAUAUAAGGUUUGAUGGGGGUAAAUUACAUUGGCCGGCUUCAAAAAUGCCCCAAAUAGGACACGCGUGCAUGAUGACCAGCUGAGAAAAUGUCAAGUUGGAAAACUGGAAUGCACACCCUCCAAAUAAGGUAUUUUACCCGACACACCUAUACAUGGGUGGUAUCACUGUACUCAGGAGAUGUUGCUGAACACAUAUUGGGGUAUUCUUUGUCAGUAACACAUAACAGGAACUGAGAAUCCAUGCCUAAAUUACAAUGUAAAAGAAAAAUAACCCCAAAAAACGACUACACAAAAGUUUGACAAAGACUGGUGGUAGAAUUAGUACAUGGAAAGUGUUAAAAUACCACAAUUUGAAAUACCUUAGGGUGUCUCAUUUUUAAAAAAUAUAUGGUUUGAUGAGGGUAAAUUAUAUUGGCCGGCUUCAAAAAUGUCCCAAAUAGGACACAGGUGCAUGAUGACAAGCUGUGACAAUUCGAAGUUGGAAGACUGGAAUGUGCACCCUCCAAAUAACAUCUUUUAGCCCCCAGAGGCCCCAACACAACUUUACAUGGGGGGGUAUCACUGUACUUGGGAGAUGUUUCUGAACACAUAUUGGCAUGUUCUUUGGCAGUAACCCUUAAAGUUCUCCGUACAUGUAUUCUUAAAUUGCUAUGUGUGUCAAAAAAAAUAAUUUGGCAUAGAUUGGUGGUAAAAUGGUUGCAUGAAAAGAGUCAAAAUAGAGUUUCAUACCUUAGGUUGUCUUCUUUUAAAAUAUAUAUACAUGUGUAGGGUUAUUCAGGGAUUCCUGACUGUUACGACACUCCCAGCAUAAAGGAGUGAAACCGCCGUUUAGUGGAUCUUCCCCCUUUGGAGCAACCAGCGCCGUUACUGUAGACCGCCAAACUCCCGAGCGGAAUGUAAGGUAAUGCUACAAACUCCCGAACAGAGAAUCAUCUGAACUCCUUUUCUCCUAGAACAGGAAAAAUAAUACUCCCAAGUAGCAAUCCCCCCAAACACAAGACCAAGCUCCGUCUUGAGGUAAAACAGGAAUCUGCUUUAAUGAGGGCUACCUGCCCUAACUGUAUAACUGUAUCUAUAGUAUUAUUUAAUAGUUUAGGAUUAAACCUAGAGAUAGCCUUUUAAUGUAUAAGAAUAAAAAUAUCUCAGAAGCCCCUUCCUAUAAUUUUUAAUUACAAUAAUAAAAAUGGUUUUAUUAAAAAAACAAUAAAUUUUUUUACUUAUCCUAAGGUGGGGAUUAUACCACCCACGCUAUCAUCCGAGUGCAGACAGGCCUGCACUCCACUUGUGAGUAUAUUUUAUUUUUACUUCAACCUAUCUCUACAUCGUGUCAUCAGAGCGCACUAUUGGUUGUUUUUAUCUCUUUUUCCUUGAGAAUUGGAUACCAUCACUCUCUGGAGGACAAGCAUUCUUACAUCCUACAAGCGGGGAUUAAUCAGCUGUAUGCCUGUUACACCUGAGCUGGCCAUAGCUCAUUCGAAUGUGAGUGUACAAUUUAUAUUUUAAUCUAUUGACAUCUAUCUUAUACACUCUACACCAGUGGUAGUCAACCUUUUUCCACUUACCGCCCACUAAUGCAUCUUUCUUGAUGGAAAAAUUUCCUUACCGCCCACCAGUUUUCGCGCAAGCGCGGAAUAUUUUUUAGAAAGGAGGGUGUUUUAAAAAAUACAUAAAUGAACGUACAUUUAUCUUUUUAUUUCUACUUUAUGCAUGUUUAUAAUGUUUUUAACUUUAUAAAGUUUAAUGAGGAAGCAAUAAAGUAAAUUGAACUUACCUUUACUAGAGGUUGAUGCUGCGAGACUAAAUAUUUGAUAUCUGGUUCGAUUUUCAUAAGGAACAAACGAAGGUCUCCUCUUUCAGUGAUAAUCGGAAGACUUCUUUGUUUGCUCAUAAAAUGAUUUCUCAUCUGUGCGUCAGCUCCCCUCCUCUCCCUCCUCAAUUCCCCUUCCCACCUUUUUCCCCUUUUUUCUAUUUUUUAACCUUCCUUAUAGCAAUGGCCAAUAGGAAGGCUGAGCUAGGUAGCCCACUUACUAUUAUUAGUCAACAACAAUUCUCUCCUUUUCCUUUUCUUUCCUUCUCCUUUUUUACAAGUACUCUACUCCUUCUUUCCUCUAUACUAGAAGUACUCUACUCCUUCUUUCCCCUAUACUAGAAGUACUCUACUCCUUCUUUCCCCUAUACUAGAAGUACUCUACUCCUUCUUUCCCCUAUACUAGAAGUACUCUACUCCUUCUUUCUCCUAUUCUACAAGUACUCUGCACCUUCUUUCUUCUAUUCUACAAGUACUCUGCACCUUCUUUCUUCUAUUCUACAAGUACUCUGCUCACAGACAAACACAUACACACACACACACACACACACUCACAUAGAAACACAUACACACAAAUAUACACAUACUCACACAUGCACUUACAGACACUCACACAUACACAGACAGACCCACAGACACACAUACACUUACAGACACAGACACAUACACUUACAGACACAGACACAUAUACUUACAGACACACACACACACAUACACUUACAGACACACACACAUACACUUACAGACACACACACAUACACUUACAGACACACACACACAUACACUUAGAGACAAACACAUAUACACACAAAUUAUUAAUAUUAAAUAUCCACCCAGCCUCCCUACCUGGAGAGCUGGUGUGGAUCUGUCCCUGGGGUCCAGUGGGGCUUCACUUAGGCGGGCGGCUAAUCAGACGCAGCGAGGGAGCUCUAACCUCUCUGCUCUGCUCCCUCGCGGACUGUCUACGGAUGCCGGGAGCCGGAAUAUGACAUCAUAUUCCGGCUCCCGCGGCAUCAGCAAACAUCGCGCGAGGGAGCAGAGCAGAGAGGUUAGAGCUCCCUCGCCGCGACUGAUUAGAACGCUGCCAUGCCGGGGGGUCCAGAAGGUGGCCUGGCAGGAGGGAGCGCUUCCUCCUGCCGGUCACUGAAGACUUGCGCAUGCAGAGCCGCUCGCGCCCGCCCAAAAGGAGAAAUCCUCUUAAAAAGAGGAUUUAGCCUCAGAAAUCCCUACCGCCCACCUGGAAUCCUAAAACGCCCACUAGUGGGCGGUAGGGACCAGGUUGACGACCCAUGCUCUACACGAUUGGUCCUUUCUCAUUGUGUCUUUUAUAUCGCGAGACGAUCUACUUCAAACAGAGAAGAUAUCCUACAAGCUGAAACAGCAACUAAUAAUAUAUAAUCUCUGAUAUAUAUUUGGACUGUUUUAUACAUAUAUAUUUAUUUAUUUUAUUUUUUAUAUAUAUUUUAUAUAUUAUAUAUUUUUUAUCUGUGUAUUUUUUACUAUUUAUUAUUUUUCUUGGUGCAGCCUUCCCUUGCUUUUGUUGUACACUUUUAUUGUAGAGGGUUAGAGGGUGACCCUCUGUUAGGCCGCUGCCUUUUAUAUUACUAGCGCUAACCUACCUCUCUAUCUUUAUAGGUAUGGGUUAGCACUUUGAAUUUACUCCUAUAGGAUACAGGAAGGCAAUGCGAGGACUGGACAGAGGGGUGAGGUGUGAGAGGACCGACAAGAGAGGAAAAUCAGUCUGGUGGGAGCAUUCAUUACAGACUGUAGCUGGGAAAUACGGCUUUUUGGAAGACCGAUUAGGGGAGGGUUACAAUAAUCCAUGCAGGAAAUUACUAGAGCAUGGACAUGCUUGGUAGCAUCCUGUAUAGUACAAGAUAGUAGCCAUGGCCAGGAGCCAAGAAUGGAGCACAAGGACAAUCCAAGAGAGCAGUCUGAAACACAACCUGAGAUUUGUAGCCAGUAAUUAGGAGGUUAACUGAACAAGUUACUUUAUGCCAACACAAACUGAGGAUGCAAGGAACUCGAGGUUAGAAAUGGCAAGGCAAGCCAAGGGCACCUCAACACAAUGUAGCUAGCGAUGGGCAAUGGUUAAACAUGUAAUUAUUGUUUAAAUCAACUUAAGUCAAUUAGAUAUUGAAUCAUGACAUGACACAUUGGUCUGAAUUAUUCUUAAAUUCUCACAGAGGAACAACCAUUUUUUUCUAUUAACUUUGAUGUAGGCAUUUGGUAGCAGGACUGGUGCCAUCCCUCAUUUAGCCUGCUGCUGAUUUCUUUGUCCACAAUUGAUUUUAAAUUAUUUUACUUAUAUACAGUUUUUGCCAGGAUAGGCUUAGCUUCUUUCAACCCAACACAAUCUAUGCACACAAUCUAUGCAACUCUUUAUCUGCCCUAGCAAUGUUAGGCUGGAAAUCACAACAGGGUCUGGAAACCCUUAUGCUGCCAUGAACUUAUGCACUAACACUUUCUGCUUUCCUUUAUCUCUGUAAUCAGCUGCUGGGAAUACUCAAAGACGUCACAACAUUUCAAAUGAAUAGAGAUGUCGCGAACUACUCGCCGAACUGUUCGUGAUCUGUCCGCCGGCGAACAAAAGCGUGUUCGCGUUGGGCGAACAUAUACGAUUUCCGGUCCGCCCCCUAUUCGUCAUCAUUGAGUAAACUUUGACCUGGAACCUCACAUUCAGCAGACACAUUCCAGCCAAUCAGCAGCAGACCCUCUCUCCCAGGAAGUGUCUGCUGACUGUGAGGUUCCGGGUCAAAGUUUACUCAAUGAUGACGAAUAGGGGGCGGACCGGAAAUCGUAUAUGUUCGCCCAACGCGAACACGCUAUUGUUCGCCCACGGAAUGUUCGCGAACAGUUCGGCGAGUAGUUCGCGACAUCUCUACAAAUGAAUUAUCAAUUAUCAAUAUGCAUUCAAAGGUUUUAAUGCAUAGUAUAGAAAAAGAGGCACUUCCCAAACUAAUGGGAAGUACCAGUCAAAGAGGGUUAUAAGGGUGGCAAAAUGGGCAUAACCCAGCGUAAAGCACAAUAGAGGGAGAAAAGAUGAAGGAAAUGAUCAACCCUCCUUAAGAAAAGGGGGGGGUAUGAUCACCUUCAAGCCACCCCAAGAAAUAGCGUCUCAAAAAUAAAAAUAAUAAACAACUUUAAUAAAAAUGAGGAAAAAAAACACCACACACAAAAGUGCAGAAUAAAGUAAAUAAAAUAAAUGGAUAUAAAGGGUCUAGUGUCUGAGGAAUGUAACCAGACUCGCAUAGAUCAGUAUAUAUACAUUGUAUCGAACUCACUCAUAACAGAGUGGUAAAUAUAUAAAGUGACUAAUAUCUUGCACUAGACCCCACAGGAUAAACACUAAUGUAUGGAAAUCGAAAGGAUAGAGAAGGUAAAUAAGUGAGAGUGAAAAAUAAAGUGGAAAUAACCUAACAAAGGUAUAGUACAACAGCUUGAAAAGGUUAUAUCUAACCACCAGGUAACUCACUAGAAUCUAUCCCUAUAACAGCGAAUGUUCAGAGCAAAAAGCAGCUCAAAAAUCGGUGUAGCAUCCUGGUAUCCAAAAAAUAAAUUAAAAUGAAUGGAUAUAAAGGGUCUAGUGUCUGAAGAAUAUAGCCAGACUCACAUAGAUCAGUGUAUAUACUUUGUAUCAAACUCACUCAUAACAGAGUGGUAAAUUUAUAGAGUGAUAAAAAAAAAGUGAUAAAAUAAACCGCAAAUACCCCCCCCCCCGCCACUAUUUAAAUGUCUUUCCAUACAUUGUGAUUGGUGGAAUCGCCGUGCUAAUUAGCAAGCAAAAACGCGCAUGUCAGAGGAGAGACAUGCGCAUGUGCAUCCAAUAUGUCUUGUUUACGGGGUUGCGCAUGUCCGAAAAAGUAAAGGGAGAUGAAUGCGCAUGUCCGCCCACCGGCGGACACGCAUGCGCAAAAGAUUCCUGUCUACCCGAGAAAUCUCCUAGAUCAUGCGCAUGUCCGCAGCCUAAUUGCCGCGCAGGCGCAAAGUAUCUGAGUACAAAGUGAACUAAAUCUAUACAGAUUGCUCGGUAUAAACAGGAAAAUAUAUAUCUAUAAUAGAUAAUAGCUAAAACGAUAGAACUAUGUGGAGGAAUAAAAGAAAUGUUAUUCUGAGGGAUAGGGUAAAGCGGAGGACAAAUUAGAAACAGUAAAUAAAUCCACAAAGAUGGUUGGACUUAUCCAACCCAAUCCAUAUUAGUUUUAUAGUCAAAGAGACUAGAUAAUGAAAUAUAGAACAUUCCACACCGGCUGGAAAUGAUCAAAAGGUAUGUAUAGAGAUUAAGUAGUGAGAUGUAUAAACAUAUAUACAUAUAUGUACUAGAUUAAAGACACCAAUAAAUAUAGUUAGCUCUAUCUUAAUGUAUAAUUCAAUUUAAAUUAUUUACAUAUUUACAUAUAAAGAGAGAACAUGUCCAGAUAUGUAUAUAUAUAUAGAGCCCUACAUAUAUAUAAUUUAGAAGCCCUUAAACCAUCUGGUUUAAAUGAGAAGAACUCUUUAUAUUGUUUUUUACCUAGAAGAUAAUAUAUGAUUGAGCUAUGUUUUACAGAAUGCAUUAAUAUAAUACAGUUAUUUGCCGUAACUCCAUGAUGGAAAUAGUCCAUGUCGUAUAUUGCUUCAUAAUUACACUGACAAUAUUUUGCUAUAUAACUGAGUUAAUAUUUAGCUAAUGAUGAUAUGUACUAUGUAUCUAUGUUACCUUGGUUAGGGUUGAAACAUUUGUAUAUACUUUAUUUUUAUAGUUAUUUAUCUUUUAUUACUUUCUGACUUAUCUACACGAGAGUAUGUUUCACAUACCGGUUACACAUAGGGUUAACUUCAAUUUAUUACGUAAUUCAAACAUGUCUACGUCAUUAAUGACAUCACUCUGAUCCGUUGUUACAUUUCACCUGUUCACCUCCAAAUAGGAUCACUGCAUUUUUUGUAUAUAAGGUAUCAAUCUCACAUACACAAUUGUCUUGAAAAAAGUAUUUUUACAGACUGAAACAUUGACUGGAACGUUGUGUGAAUUUGUAAUUGCUCAAUAAAGCAACAGAUGAAAUUUACCUUGAAAGACUCCGGAGUGCUCGCUACUGGUAUUGUAUACAAUUUGGUUGGAGACAGCACCGGAGCAUUAAAAGACCGGGAGCAUUGAGUGCUGGGACCUUGGACGUAUAUAUAUAUAUAUAUAUAUAUAUAUAUAUAUAUAUAUAUAUAUAUAUAUAUAUAUAUAUAUAUAUAUAUAUAUAUAUAUUAGUAAAAAUGAAAAUGAAAAUCCAGCGCACUCACUUAUCUACUAAACAGUUAUUUUAGUGCUGAACCAUUUUGUUAGUUUUACUAAAAACACCUAAUCUAGGCAAAAAAUAAUGGGGGAUUAGUUACAGUAUAUGAUCAUACACUGCCGCAACGCCAAUGUACCCCAUCUUUGGCAGGUCCUACUCUGUCUGCUAAAUGAGCUACUCACUUGGGGAAAUCCUUCCAUCUCGAGUUCUCUGCAGUACAAGGCUUAAAUAGGGUGCUGAGAUGAGGCACCUGUAACAGGGAGGGGUGCAAAACCACGGAGCUGGCUAGACUCCUAAAUAUAUACAUAUAGGAGAAAACAAGGGUUUGGCUGCACUCACCUAAACAUACUUAAAUGGGGUGCAACCUUGAAAAAUAUCCGCAGGGGUCGAAACGUUGGUUGUCUUUAUUUUGCACAUGAUUGAAUAAAUUACUUUUUUUGUUCAAGACCUGAGAGUGCACCCUGGAUAUUUUUUGUUUAUAUAACGGACUCAUAGUGGAUUGCACCCGGGCAGCUAUUUAAUUUUGGAAUACAAGGAAGGAGAGUGCCAAGCUAUCUAUUUUUAUUUUAUAUAUCUAUAUCUCUGUAUGUCUAGGGGAAUAUUCACUAAGUAUUGCAUAUGUCAAACAAUUUGUUUCCAUCAACCAAUAUAAGCUGUAAAAACUCAGUAGUGAGCUAAUAAUUUCUCAAAAUGUUGUGAUGUAACAGCUAAUAGUCUUAACAUGUGUGUAAUAUUGCAACUUUAUGUGCUAACUAUAUAUAUAAAAAUGUUAAGGUAUACACUGAUCAGUCGUAGCAUUAACCACUCUGGCAGGUGAAGUGAAUAACAUUGAUUAUAUCAUUACAAUGGCACCUGUCAAGGUGUGGGGUAUGUGAGGCAGGAAAUUGAAUAGUCAGUUCUUGAAUAUCAUGCAUUGGAAACAAGAAAAAUGGGUCUGAGUGACUUUGACAAAGGUCAAAUAGUGAUGGCUAGAAAAAUGGGUCACAGCAUCUCCAAAACAGCAAGUCUUGUGGGGUGUUCCUGGUAUGCAGUGGUUACUACCUACCAAAGGUUGUGCAAGUAAGGUGAACUGGCAUUAGGGAAUGGGUGCCCAAAUCUAUGCACUUGGGUAGCAAAGGAUAACCCAUCUGCUCUGAAUACACACUGUAGGAAUAUCUACGGGAAAAUGCAAUUUUAAAAACGAACAUUUUAUAAAAAAAUUCAAAAAAUCUUUACAUUUAUUUCAAUGAUUUAAAAAAAAUAAUAAUUGGUACUGUAAUGUCCCAAUAUAAUUAGUGUAAAGGAAUGCCUACUAUUUAAUCCUUUUAAAACCUUUUAAGUCUGUGUAGCGGAGCUGCAAUAUUAAAUCCCAAGAUCUCCGCUGGUAUAGAAGGUAAUCCAAAGUAAAGCACUGGAAAAGAAGGCAAUAUCCCAAAUCCCCCAGUAACCGGACGAAACACACUUCAUGGAGUCAACUGACAAUUUUAUUCACGGCUGUUAGCCUAUGCAUGCUCUCUAUUCUAAAACACACAAAUACAUUUUUAAACCAGGUUAACACAGCUAUUUCAGACAACCUUUAAAUGUUCUGCAAUAUGACCUAAAGUGGCUAGGUUUGCCACAGUCUGUAUUUAGUUACUAUUUCUAUUUCACACAAAUAUAAAACAUAUAAUUUAUUAUUAUCCACUGACUGAAAGUUGCCCAAUUUCUCACAGCGAUACACGCUUUUUGCAUAUUGUUUCCUCAUGCCACACAAGAAGUUAUACUGAGAGCAGAAGCCCCCAACUCACACUAUGCCAGGUUGGACCCACUACUCUAGGCUUCCAGGUCAUAUAGGCCCACGCAAAGAGACACUUGUUUGGGGGUACCCGCUUCAGAGCAUAAUUAUAUCGAGACACAUUAAGCUCUCUGGCACUGCCUUAUACCCCUGCUGUGUCCUUGACAUUUUAUCUUAACCCAAAAUACAAAAAAAAAAUUGAAAAAAUCUAAAAAUAGCAAAACUAAAUAUAAUAAAACAAAAAAACUGAAAAAACCCUUAAAACAGCACCACACAUAAAUUACUAGUUGGUACCUAGAGCAACCCUCUGGACAUGCUAUAUCCCAAGUGCUUGUUAUUCAUCCAAUGAACCGAGUAUCCCUCUGUUUGCCACAGAUAUUUCAUGACUAUAUGGCUAAAUAUAGUCUUUCUCUUAGCACUCCCACUUAUAUUGUAUCUAUAAAUACCAAAGGGUUAAAUUCACCCAACAGAUGUAGAUUGGCGCUUGGUGAGGCCAAACAAUAUAGAGCCCAGGUAGCUUUUUACCAAACGAUCUAUUUUAAAUAGGGACACAGACCAAAUUUUCCUAAACCCAAUUUCCCCAUGAUGUUCACUCCUGUUUCAAAAAGAAAAAGAGGAGGGUAUCCAUCCUUAUAAGCAGUAGUGUCUACUUCACGUUAGUUAAAAAACAAUCCGUGACAAACAUGAUAGGUACCUUUUAUUACAAAUUUUACGUGAAUAAUGAACCUGAUACAUUUGUUGCCUUGUAUGGCCCACAUACUAACCAAGGUCAAUUCCUGGAUAAAAUAGAAACAUAGAAUGUGGUGGCAGAUAAGAACCAUUUGGCCCAUCUAGUCUGCCCAAUUUUCAAAAUACUUUCAUUAGUCCCUAGCCUUAUCUUAUAGUUAGGAUAGCCUUAUGCCUUUCCCACGCAUGCUUAAACUAUUUACUGUGUUCACCUCUACCACUUCAGCUGGAAGGCUAUUCCAUUCAUCCACUACCCUCUCAGUAAAGUAAUAAAAGAAAAAAUCUUUGCAUUAAUGAUCUCCUAUAAGUUCGCCAAUGUUGUAAUGGGGGGGGGGAGAACACUAACUUUCUUUUGAAUAGUUGCCUUGACUCCUCAUCCGCUAACACAGUAACCCCUAAAACAGCUAAGAAAGCAGCACUCCAUAGGUGCAUACAGAUAUUACAACAUGACUACUUAGACGCAUGGAUAAUUUUACAACCUACAGAACACCUUCCAUUUGCAAGCUCAAAACACUUAUACCAGGAUCGACCGGGUUUCUUACACCCUGCUCCAUUAUGCACAAGAUCAUAGAGGUCACUGUAGGUCUAAUCUCGUGGUCUGACCAUGCCCCUGUGGUGUUGUCCCACAAACAUUUUCCUUACACAAGGAAGGGAACAUGGAGGCUUAAUGAUACCAUCCUUAGCAACCCAGAGAGAGCCUACCGCUUCGCAAAAAAACACAAAGGACCAAAAAUUAAACUACACUCAUGCAAAAAUUGACAGACCUGACACACUUAAACAAAACCACCCCUCUCACACUCUGAAAAUGCAACUCUUAACACUCUAAUUUAAGCUGCGGGACCUAGAACUGGAAAGAAAUGACCAUCUCCUGAGGUGAUACAAAUACAAUUUCUUUGCCCAUGGGUACAAAGCGGGGGCACUUUUGGCCUCCCAAAUUAAAGCAUGUAUGAGAAAUGCAAAAAUCACCUUUCUUCAACCUGAGUCAAACAAAAAUGUUUAAAUCCACAACAUAUAGUCAAUAAAUUUGCGUCAUGCUAUAGCACAUUAGAUAAUAUCAAAGAUAACCCACAUUCUAAACUCCCUACAAUACAAGACAUACAAUUUUUCCUGUCCAGGGUGUAAACCUUCCUAAAUUGACCCAAAUAGACAUAGCGCACAUAACUAAACCCUUCAACACUAUAUAAGUGAAAUGAGCAAUACAGCAAUUACCAAAACACAAGGCACCAGGAUCGGAUGGAUACACAAACUUAUAAUAUAUCACCAAUACACACCCCAUCAGACAGACCUUUUUAUUACCAACUAUUCAAAGGGUGCACUCCUCAGUAAUAUGCUAUUAACAAAUAUUACUGCAUUGCCUAAACCAUGCAAACCUAAAACUCUAUGCAAAAAGUCUGCGAACCGACUACCAUACUUCCUAACAUCACACACAAUGGGACAAUCUUGGUUUGUCAAGGGAAGGCAGGGCUCUGAAAACACCAGGGAACUUUUAAACAUUCUAUCGCACAUACAUUGUAUUAAUGGCGAGGGCCUUCUUCUGGCACUAGAUGCAGAGAAUUCCUUUAACAGAUUCAAUUGGCAAUAUAUGGAACAAGUGUUGCUAUCUUUUGGCUUCUCCCCAGGAUUUAUAUAACAAACCAGCAGACCAAUUCACUAAUGCAGGUUUCCUUUCUACACCAUUCUGUAUUUCGAAUGGUACCAGACAGGGGUGCCCCCUCUUCCCCCCUCCUAUUCAUACUGUCCUUGGAACCACCGGCAAACAAGAUAAGAUAUCAUACAUAACUUAAAGGCAUCACUGUGGAUAGUGGAUACAGAAUCCAUAUGGGGCGAACCUGGUGCUCUGGAAAAGAUAUAUCGACGAUGUUUUAAUUAUUUGGGAAGGUGAUUGCUGCUUGAAGAAUUUUUACUGUAUAUUAAUUCUAAUUUCUAUGGACUACGUUUUACCGCUGGAAUUCAGACUCAGACCCAGACCAUUAACUGUUUAGAUCUGUCUUUCUUCGUGUCCUCAGGAGUCGUCUGUAGCAAAACAUAUUUUAAACCCUCAGAUGGCAAUAGCUUUAUAGAAUUUUCAAUCUGUCACCACCCAAAUUGGCUGAAAAAUAUACCAAAAGGCCAACAGACAAGACUCCUCAGGAAUUGCACAAAGAAGGCAGAUUUUAACGAACAGGUCAAGAUUUUAAAUAAAAAGUUUGAAGAUAGGCAUUACCCUCCUCAACUGUUGAACAAAUCUAAAAAAGAGACAGACAAUAAGGAUAGAACUCAACUUUUAAAGAAUUCAAAAAGUAAAAAUAAUAAAAAAAAAUCCUGGAAAAAUAAACAGAGAUUUUAGUACUUCCUUUAUUACAAGAUACAAUAAUAAGGCACAUCAGAUAGAGAGAAUUAUUAGGAAAUGUUGGCCCAUUUUAAAACAAGAUCAUUUUUUAAAAAUAUUUUAUCGACUAAACCACAGAUUAUUUACAAAAAAAAUACAACAUUUAAAAUCCAUUCUAGCAUCUAGCACUUUACCCCGCAUCAAAUCUUCUAAUGAAGCCACUACUUCAAGUAAUGAUGCUGAUAAUUUCCUUAGGGAAAAGCCAAAAGGGUUUUUUUAAAUGAGGGCACUGUAGCACAUGUAAAUUUCAAAACCAAAAAACAAUGGAAUUUAAAUGUACCGAACUAAGGAGAUUUUUAAAAUGAAACAUUUUAUAAAUUGUCAGACAAGGAAUGUCAUUUAUCUUGUUGAAUGCAAAUGUGGCAUUCAAUAUGUGGGACGUACGAUAAGGAAACUACAUGUUAGAAUCCUGGAACAUUUUAAUGGCAUUAAAAGAGGAAAUAUAAAACACAGUGUCCCUAGACACUGUAUAAACUGCCCUGAUUUUGAUUUCCAGGAUUUUAAAUGUAUAGGGAUAGAUGCUAUUAACCCCCACUGGAGAGGAGGAGAUAUUGAGAAAGCUUUAGCUAUGAAAGAAACAGAAUAGAUACAUAGCCUUAAACCUUUCUCCACUAGUGGUUUAAAUGUGGAUAUAGAUCUGUUGGUUUUUACGGAUUGAUCGAUUAUGCACAUAUUAAUGUUUUAAAUGUUUUACAUUUUUCAAAUUUAGUAUUCUUGUAGGAAAGACGGGAAUUUAAUUUAAGAAAUAUAUAUAUAUAUAUAUAUAUAUAUAUAUAUAUAUAUAUAUAUAUAUAUAUAUCUCCGGUCCAUAGUCAAAAGGCAGCAGGCAGGCAACCAGGCUCCUCCAAUGCACAGUGGCGAGAUUGGUCUUCUCACACUCAUCCAGGGUAGGAAUAGCUGUAUUAGAGAAUUCAAAAGGCAAGACCAUUAGUCACAUAGAUUGGACUAAGGCCAGAUGAAUCAUAAGUAGCGUUAUUACUUGCAAAUUCAGCCUUGGGCAUUGUUAAUAAAAAAUCUCAGACACCCCUCUAGAGACUGGCUCUCUCAGCACCACCAUUAGUUUGUUGAUGCUAAGAAGAUGAAAAGGACAAUUCUAUGCCCAGUUGCUUACAAGGCCCUCCAGAACUUGGAGACAAAAUGGGUACCCUUGUCGGAGACAAUAUUUUGAGGUAUACCAUGCAACCGAACUAUCUCUUUGAUGAGCUUAAAGGCUAGAUCUUGUGAGGAAGGCAAUUUUUUAAGAGCGAUAAAAUGUUUUGGUAAAACGUUCAACAACCAAAAGUAUGUUGUUAUAACCAUUAGAAACAUAGAUAUAUGAGACCACGGAAUAAGUGGUAUAGGCAGAGGUUGUAAUAACCCACAUUUUAACUGAUGUGGGACUUUGGAGACAGCACAUUUUUGGCAAGCAUUAACAUAUGCGAUAACAUCACAUCUGAGAGAGGGCCACCAGAACUGUCUGGUAAUAGCUGAUAUAGUUUUGCGUAUGCCAGGAUGACCAGCCAUUACAUUAUCAUGGUAGGUAGGGGUUAAGUUAGGGAUAGGGGUAUGGGUAGGCGUAGGGUUAGGGGUAUGAUUAGGGGUAGAGUUAGGGUUAGAUUCCUGUCAUCAUUCCAUUAAUUUUCCCUCUCUCUCCUGUUAUGCCACUUUUCAGAAAUCUGAAGCACUUUGGCAAUUUGGUUCGGUUCGCAGCAUACAAAUGUCCGAAUUGCCGAAAUUCGGCCGAAUUUACAUUCGGACCGAAACGAAUUGCACAUGUCUAAUGCAAAUGCAUAAACAUAUGAACACCUAUACAUACACAUAAACACCUAUACAUACAUGGAUUGCAGAAAGGGGUGCGGGGAUACAGCGCCUGUAGAAUUCUUCUCAGAUCCAGUGAUAUAUAGAAUGAACAAAGAAACGUAAUAUAGUGUAGUAUAUUAAAAAUCUUGGUGAAGUAAAGAUAACAAUAAUGCACUUACAAUUUUCCGGAGCUUAUGUUCAGCUCCAGAUUGAUGUGCAUGGAAGGAAAAAAUCCCCAUCUGUGGAUAUAAUGGUAGAUCCAGGUACUUCUUGGUGAGUUUUUUGUUCUCAGGCUGUGAAUGUUGUACCACUGGUUGGCAGUCAGAUAUCCUCCGUAUACAGGGAAGAUAAAAACAGACUAUAGUGCUCUCUGUAUGUAAUGAGCUGAUUUAAAAAAAAAAAAAAGUAAUAAAAUAUACUCACAAACAGAGAGCAAAUACAGGUAUUGCUCAAUCCUAUAAGGUUUGGGUGGUAUGAUCCCCACCGAGGAUGUUCCUGUGAGAAUCUUCAGGAUAAAAUUCCAGGAUAAAAAAAUGCCAGGAUAAAAAAUAUAUAUUUUUUCAUAGAUAGGUCUAGAGUCUCCAAAGCAGUAUAUAACAAUAAGCUUUAUUUGGAGAUAAUAAAAGCUAUAACAUUGAUAAUAACACUAACGCGUUUCUCCUUUAACAGGCUUUUUCAAAGUGUUUACAGUGUGUGAGACCUAUCUUGUUUAAAUAGCUUAAAAACAGGUGAUGUGGUUGGUCAUGUGACCAGAAGUUAAUUAGUUAAAACAUUGUAUACAGUAAAAUAUAAACCAACGAUAUUACACAGAAAUGUAGAUAGCAUUCUAAUAAAAUUUAAUUUGUAAGGUGGCUUUUUAGAAAGGGGAAACCAAGAUGGCCACAAGCAAUUACCAUAAUGGGAGCAUAAAGAUGGCCACCGCCAGUAUAAGUAAAUGAACUGGCUUCAAAAGAUAAAAUAAAAGUAAGGAACUUGAGGGGGAAGUGGGGAGGAGAAUGUGAUGUAUCUCCCCUUAAAACGAGCUUUGUAGCCUCAAAAGAAACCAUUUUGCUAGGGAUACUAAUGCGCAUCCAUGGACCUGCCCACAUGAAGGCUUAUGGGGAAUGUAGUAGAGGGAGAGUGAAAUACAUAGUCCCGCCCAUGUGACCCGCCCAUGUGAUCGGCAUGGGCUGUGACAUCAUCAUGAGGGAUGAGGAGAGCUGGAGGGGAGGAGAUAGGGGACUGGAAAGCAAUGUAUGAGCUUCCUAAUGGCAGAGGCAUUAUGGGGAAUGUAGUAUAAAAACGGACAAAACUAAAUACAGAUUAAAUAAGGAUAAAGCAUAAGGAUGAAACUAAAAGGCAAUAUAAUGAAAUAGAGAAUAACAAAAAGCAAAGGAAAUACAGUAUAAAAAGGCAAUGUGAAUCAAAAUAAAAAAUAUUAAAAGGCAAAGGAAAUCCAGUAUAAAAAGGCAAAUGGUAUUACAAAUAAUACUGCCAUAAAAAGCAAAAUAACAAAACAUAUAAAAGACCAAUGGUAGUACAUAAUCCUCAAAAAUACAGACUAAAACCAGAAGGUAAGAUAAAAGACAUAUAGUGAAAAAUUUACGAGAAAUUAAUAAGGUCAAAAUCGGCAUUUAACCCUCUGGGAGCCAUGGUGUCUAAUGUGAAAACCCAAUUCAUUUCACUUCUACCUAGUAAUUUCGGAAGGUUAGCCCCUCGCCAUGGGAGAGAAACGUAUUCUAUAGCACAAAAUUUUAGGUGCUUAGGGUCUUUAUUAUGGAUUAGGAAAUGUUUGGACACCAAGUGGUUUAAAAAGCCAGUUUUUUUUUUAUAUUUCUGCAAUGUUCUGCAAUACAUGUUUUGAGGUUCCUAGUUGUCAUCCCUAUUGUAGUUUACAUUGACAUUCUAAAAGGUAAAUCACAUUUUUAGAGUUACAAGUAAAACAAUCUUUUAUAUUGUAUGUUUUUUGAGAGUGUUUUGAUUUAAACCCAAGAGUUUUGGUGUUCUCAAUAUUGGUGCUUUUACAUGCCAAACAUCUUUUGCAAUUAUAGAACCCGUUUUGUUGGUUGAAAAAAGUGUGUUUUGCAUGAUUUUUCUUAGUGUAAUUUUUGGUGAGACAUCUCCUUAAAUUGGGGGCCCCCCUAAAUACUAUUUUUGAAUUUUCCUGUGGGAUGUUUUUCAGAAUCUCAUCCAGUGGUUUUUAAUUUUUUUUCCUUGCAAAACUUUUGUUCUUGUAAUCUAACACAACCAGGAGGGUGAUGUGUUUAUCUUUGUGGGUGUUGUGAUAUUUCUGUCCGAAACCCCCUUUCAGUACUUUGAUUUUUAGGUCCUUCACUAAGUGGCCAGGCUGGGAAAAGUGAUGUCCCACAGGAGUGCAGUACCAUCCUUCUUUGUGGUGUUUAAUGGAGUGUCUGUGCAUAUUCAUUUUGCCAUUUAAUUGCUGGGUGGUUUCCCCAAUGUAGCAGCCUAAGUGGCAUUUGGUGCAUUUAAUCAUGUAUACCACAUUGCUGGAUGUGCAGUAUGAGUAUGAUCCUUUAAUGCUUUUAUUGUUGUGUAUGGCUGUGUUGUCUGUGCACAUGUGCUGACACAGUUUGUACCGAGGUUUUUUGCAUUGACUGGUUCCGUUUUAUUUAUUCUUCCCAUCAGUGGACAGCUCCCUGUUGAUUAAUUUGUGUUGGAGGUUUGAUGGUUGUUUGAAGGUCAAAAUGGGUGUUUCAGAGAAAAUGUUUUUCAGAGACUCAUCUUCUGUUAACAUUGGUUCUAGGCCUUUGAUGAUCUUCUAUAUUUCUUAAAGAGCUGGGUUUUAGGUGACCACAUGUGGCACUCGUGUAGAUAUUUUCUUUUUCUCUCUGUACUGUAGCAGGCACGUGUGUGGAGUUUUUACAGCAGAGUUGAUUUGUUUGUUAAUAGUCUUUGGUUUGUAGCUUUUCUGUCUCAUAGAUUGGGAUGGGAAUUAUGGUCAUUAGGAUCAGAGCAUAUGUGAUUGUACCUAGUGGCUUGGCUGUAGAUGAUGCCCUGUUUAGUAUGGGAUGGGUGGAAGCUGGUGCUGUGAAGGUAACUGCACCUGUCUGUGGGUUUUCUUUAAACCAAGGUGUGGAUUGUGCCAUUGUUACAUGUCACAGUGGUGUCCAGAAAAUUCACAGAUCUAGUGAAAUAUUAAAUUUUUAGUUUGAUUGAUGGAUGGAAUGUGUUAAAAGUGUAAUGGAACUGUUUUUCUUUGCUUUCAGUCCAAAUUAUGAAGAUAUCAUUAAUAAAGCGAUGUUUGGUUUGGUGCGCUGUAUUUCUAGAAAUCGCUGUUCAAGAUCUGUGUUGUCUGUGCACAUGUGUUCAGAUUAACAUAUUGGGAUGCCAUCUUAAUGCCCAUAGCAGUGCCCAUGGUUUGUAGGUAAACCUCAUUGUUAAAACUGAAAUAGUUAUGUGUGAGGAUGAAUAGGGCCAGUUCUGUGAUAAUUCUGGGGCUAUAUUUUUGGUUGACAGCAUAAGAGAGGAAAUGGAAGCAAGCGUAAUGUACAGAGAUUCCACAUCCAUGGUUACAAGGAUGGUGUUAACAGGGAGAUUGAUGAUUUGGCUGAGUUUGUUUUAUUUAUAUUAAUAAAUGAAGAUGGGGUGCACUCAGAGGUCUUAAAAAAAUUAAUUGGUGUUAAUUCACAUCACAAAAUAAAAUAAGUGUCUGAUCGACGUUUAAACCAAUCUGGGUCUUAUUCAAGAUUCAUUAGAUCGCCAUUGGGUGAGAGCGAAGAUCUUUUGGGAUAUAUGUAAAUAUAUGCAAUAAUAAUUAUAUUUAAAUGUAAAACAUAAGUAUAUUUGUGUUUUCUUGGUUACAGACAGUGAAAACUGCAUGCAAUGCACAGAGUAUGAAUGGCCAAACAUGAAGCAAGAUCAAUGCAUUCCCAAAUUAGUUGAGUUUCUCUCCUACUCAGAAGGUGUGUUGGCCAUUAUAUUGGCAUCAGUCUCAGUUCUGUUUUGCUUUUUAACCAUAUUAAUAGCAUUCAUUUUUAUUUCACACUGGGAAACACCAAUUGCUAAAGCCAAUAACAGGAUCCUAAGCGUAAUUCUCCUUGUCUCCAUCAUGGUGAGCUAUCCCUGUGUGUUUUUAUUCCUUGGACGUCCUGUGGAUAUAACCUGCAUUCUCCGCCAAAUAUCUUUUGCAAUCAUCUUCUCGGCAGCCAUGUCAUCUGUGUUGGCCAAAACAAUCAUGGUUUAUAUUGCUUUCAAAGCCACCAAACCUGGCAGUGUGUGGAAAAUGUGGAUUGGAGUCAAACUGUCCACAACUCUAUUCUUGUUCUUCUUCUCUGUUCAAGUUAUAAUUAGUAUAAUUUGGUUGACUAUUUCUCCCCCAUUUCGCGAGACAGACACCUAUUCUUAUGUAGGAAAGAUCAUCAUUCAGUGUAACGAAGGCUCAGUUAUUGCAUUUUACUCUGUCCUGGGUUACCUGGGGAUUCUGGCAGCUGUUAGUUUUAUUGCAGCUUUUUUAGCCAGGACAUUACCGGACACCUUUAAUGAGGCCAAGAACAUCACUUUCAGCAUGCUGGUGUUCUGCAGUGUUUGGAUUGCGAUGAUCCCAGCCUAUCUGAGCACCAAAGGGAAAUACAUGGUGGCUGUAGAGGUUUUUGCCAUAUUGGCAUCAAGUGCUGGACUCCUAUUUUGUAUAUUUUUUCCAAAAUGUUAUAUAAUGAUCUUUAGGCCAGAAAUUAACACAAAAAUUAUUUGCUUAAGAAAUGAUGCAUGAUUUUUCUCAGUCUGAAUGUUUAAUGUUUUAUUUGUGCCUCAUAAAUACAUCAAGUUAUGUAAUACUUGUAUAUACAUGCAGACGGUUUUGCUAUGCUUCAUAUCUAAUUAAUGUUUUUUAAUGUUACUAAAUGUUUACAUCUACAUAUCUGCAUAUUAAUGUUCUUGCAUCUCUAGUUAAUAAGUAAAGUCUCCAGUAAAUUUUGUGCACUAGAUUCUCAUACACAAUGGACAUUAACACAUAACAUUCAUUACAAACCAUAGAACUCACACUCAGCAAUCAUUGUAAUAUCACACACGUCAUCUCACAAAACAGAACACAACAGACGUAGCAGAUACACAAAAUAGAUACCCAGCAGACAUGCCAAUACAAAAAGCAUAUUCAUUAACAGGCAAUUAAAGCAUAACCAAUCCAAAAUUAACAAAAUAAGUAAAUAAAUGUCACACUCUGUGUCCCUCAGAAGAAACACAGUUAGACAUAAUGUAGGUUCCUAUGCUUGUGAUAGAUUACAAAUGCAGUCUUAAACUAACACCUCCAAAACUCCAUUCUCAUACUUAGGAGUAGAGUUGAGCGAACCCGAACUGAAAAGUUAAGUUUUUUGGACCCCGGCCCCGAGCACGGACAUAUCACUGUAUGUUCGGGUUGGAGUUCGGUGUUCGGCAAUUUAAUGACGUGUUUUGAAAGGCUGCAGGGCAGCCAAUCAACAAGCGUGUGCCCUUAGAAGCCAUCACAGUCAUGCCUACUAAUGGCAUGGCUGUGAUUGGCCAUUGCAGCAUGUGACCCAGCUAGUAGAGGCAUGUCUAUUAAACAGUGAGCAGCCUGUGGCAGCCCUCUGUUGAAACCCCCCCCUCCUGAGCCCCCACCCGCGACGCGCAAAUGGGGGCUUUUAAACUAAUUGGGGGACCUAUUGCCCCCCAGCCCCCACCCCUGAGCGGAGGGUGGGGGCCCUAUAUACCAAUAAGGGGGGACAUAUUUCCCCCCUGGCCCCCACCUGUGAGCGGUGGGUGGGGGUGCUAAAUAACAAUAAGGGGGGGACCUAUUGUCAUACCCCCGGCCCCCACCCCUGAGCCGUGAGUGGGGGCCAUAAAUAAAAAUUGACUUAGUAAUGCUUUUUUUCUAUACCUAUAGAGAAAAAGACACAACUACUUCUCGCUUUUACUUUUGAAGGGUGUCAAUAUACGUCUACCCCAAGGCUAUGUGGAUUAACCAGCUGUUUAUUCCCUGGUGCUCCAACAUACUCUUAAGACAUGGACAUCCAGCCAUGGUUCCGUCUUCCUUCAGUAUGUCGACGACCUACUGUUGUGUAGUCCUAGUGUGGGUACUUGUACAGCAGAUUCGCUCAGUCUGCUUAGACAUCUGGCUGCAGAGGAACACAAAGUGGCUAAACACAAAAUGCAAUGGUGUCAACCAAGAGUGGAUUAUUGUAAACCUUCCCAUCUUUAUUCACGGGACAACUGUAAAACCAUGGCUGCUGUCUGUGCACAAGAGCACGGAGGCGGUAUGUGUCCCAUAGCAUUUUUCUCCAAAGUAGUUCCUAUACCGGUACAGGGGAUGCCGGCGUGUCUUUGGGCUUUGGCAGCAUGCUCUAUGGCUGUAGAGGGGGCCAGAACUGUUACCCUAGGCCACCCCACUAUACUUCAUACUUCACAUCAGGUAAUGCAUUUAAUAAAAAAAUCUUACUACACAACACAUGACUGCUCAAUGCCUUACAAAAUAAUUCUGUUAAACACACAGAAUCUUUCUAUUGUUUAUUCACCCAUUACAUCCGGCCCUUUGUCUAUCCUUCAUGCCAUACUUACCGCCACUUAACAUUCUAUGGAACAGUAUCCAGUGCCACACGAUUGUAUUUCACAAAUCCAUUUGAUCACUUCUCCCCGCCCAGAUUUGUCAUCUUCUCCUUUAGAUG